UCCCCUCCAAAUCCAAUCCCCCCUAAAACCCCAGCAGAGCACCGUCCACUCUUCCUCCGACCAACGCGCUCGCCUCGCGUCAUCGGCUCAAAUGGUGGAGGCGGCCACGCGCGGAACCGAGAGCCCCUCCUCCUGCUAAUGCGCCGCCAUGGCCGCCCGCGCGCUGGGUCCACCUCCUCUUCACGCUCUCGCAGCCACGCGGCAGGCUCCUCGCUGCCCCCCGGCUGCCGCCGCGCCGCCGACCCAUGGCUACCGGCGUGGAGCCGCGGUGCUCUCCGGCCGCCGGGGAAGGCAUACUUUGAGUUCAAUACAAUUGAUGCAUGCUGUUAGAGGUGGCAAUCUUCAAGUGGAACCAAACAUGCUUCAUUCCCCCAAGCCAUUGAUGUCCACCAGACGUGGGUGUGUGGCUAGUCCUACUAUUGCUAAUGUGGAUGACUGCACUGAAGGUGAAGGUGCACUGGGGUACACAAUGACCCAAAUCUGUGAUAAGUUUAUUGAGUUCUUCAUGUACAAGAAACCACAAACAAAGGACUGGAGAAAAGUAUUGGUGUUUAGAGAGGAGUGGGAAAGAUACAGACCAUACUUUUACAAGCACUGUCAAGCACGUAUAGAUAUGGAAAAUGAUUCUUCAAUGAAGCAAAAGUUGGUUGUACUUGCUAGAAAAGUUAAGAAGAUUGACAAUGAGAUAGAGAAGCACAUGGAACUCUUCACACAGCUCCGCGAGAAUCCCACAGAUAUUAAUGCCAUUGUCGCAAGAAGACGAAAGGAUUUCACUGGAGGGUUCUUCCAACAUCUUAAUUUUCUUGUUAAUGCAUAUAAUGGUCUUGAUGAGAGAGAUGCAAUUGCCAGGCUUGGGGCGAAGUGCCUGUCUGCAAUCCAUGCAUAUGACUGCACACUGGAGCAGUUGGACCUUGAUUCUGCUCAAUCAAAGUUUGAUGACAUUCUGAAUUCUUCUUCCCUGGAUGAUGCAUGUGACAAGAUUAAAAGCUUAGCCAAGACUAAAGAACUUGAUUCGUCCUUAAUUCUUCUAAUAAACAGAGCGUGGGCUGCUGCAAAAGACUCUACAACUAUGAAGAAUGAGGUUAAAGAUAUAAUGUGUCAUAUCUAUACAACAACUAAGGAAAGUCUCAAGAGCAUCUCGCCUCCAGAGAUGAAGCUUCUGAAGUACCUAUUGAAUAUUGAAGAUCCUGAAGAGCGGUUUGGUGCUCUUGCAACAGCCUUUUCUCCAGAAGUCGAGCAUGAAGCCAAGGAUGAAGAUGCUCUGUACACAACUCCCAACGAACUCCACAAAUGGACCAAAAUGAUGCUUGAUUCGUACCAUCUCAAUAAGGAGGAGACGGAUUUUAUGGAUGCCAGAAAGAUGAGUGACCCAGUGAUCAUACAGAGGUUAACUUUGCUUAAAGAGACAAUCGAAGAAGAAUACAUGAAGAAGUAUAUACAUCCAGAGGAGCAAGAAUCUGAGGACGACGAAGAUUCAGAAGAGUGAGCUUGCAAGUGUAUUUUUAUAGUUGUAGUCUUGAUGCAGAGAUGAUAUUUUUAUAGUUGUAGUCUUGAUGCAGAGACGGUAUUUUUCUAGUUGUAGUUACUGCAGAUUGGUAGUGCCCUGCUGCUUUUUGCAAAGAUGGACUUCAAUCUGCUUUGCUUCCCUCCUGUUGGACGAAAGAAAAUGCCAGUGGUGCAGUAAUUGUAAAGUGUAUCAUGAUCAUCCCAAAGCCUGCGUAUCAUAAAAUUCCCUAAGAUUGGUGGGGUUCCUUUUUCCCUGUUUUUCCAAAUUGUUCUCUCCUCUUGAUUUUAUGAUUGUGAGUCA